AUGCCCUCCGCCAAUAUCUGGAUCGCUGCCAGCGAUGGUGACAUCGCCUCUGUUGGCUGGUUCCUUGCGCAAGACCCCACUGCUGUCAAUGCUCAUGAUGAGAACGGUUACACCCCGAUCCACGCCGCUGUAUCAUACGGUCACAUCUCACUGCUGAAAUCCCUCAUCCGUACCCACGGCGGAAACGUGAACGUCGAAGACCACGACGGAGACACCCCUCUAUUUGCCGCAGAGACUGUAGAGGUCGCAAAGGUUCUCGUGGAGGAGCUCGGCGCAAACGUGGACCACACGAAUAGCUCGGGGAUGACUGCUGCGGAUUCAAUCGAAGAGGACGGAUCAUUCCCACUAGUGGCUGCCUAUCUGCGCGAUCGCGAACCCUCCGAUCCGGCGAUCCCGAAGCCUCCGCCGGGUGUCUCAGUCAACUUGAGUGCAGAGGAGGAUGUGAACGAGUCUCUUCCACCUGUCGAUGAGGCGCUGAGACAGCGGAUACAAGAGAUGGCGUCGCGGCCGAACUUUGAGAGUGAGGAGACGCAAAGGGAGCUCAGAGAGUUGAUCACUCAAGCUGUACAGGAGCAUGUCAUUGAGCCAGAUGCGGCCAGGAAUACCAGACAGCGACAGGAUGGAGCUUCUUCGUGA